AUGCUGAUAGCUAGAGGGGAGUUCGUAAGUUAUAUUCAAGGCCCGGCGGUGGAACAGAACCGACCGAUGGAACACGUGAAGAGGAAUCAAAAGUCGAACUCUCACAAUACGCAACCAGUUCGAAUAAUCAAUGCAAUUUACAGUCGGCCUGAGCCUACUGAGGAGUCAGAUGAACUGCUUCAAACACGCCUUCGCCAGGCACGGGUGAAGAGAAGGAUAGGCAGUGUAAACACUCUGCACCAACAGAGUGCAUCAACACAGAUAAAGUUUGACAGAAUAGAUCUAUUGCGUGUUCAGAUUCCUCAUGAGGAUCGGUUAGUCUUCAGUUUGAAAAUGGCCGAAUAUUUGGUACACAGAGUUCUGAUUGAUCCUGGAAGAUUUGAUGGAAAACGAAUGGAGUCCAUCGGUACGGUGGAGGUAGUAAUACAUGCUGCAGAGAGGGUUCUGAUGGAGACCUUUGUAGUUGUCGAGAUUCAUCCCUCUUACAACCUUCUAAUGGGCAGAGGGUGGAUCCACAGAGUUUAA